CGGAGGACGAUAUUGGCAACCGGAUGUCACACUAGCGUGGUCUAAGUAAGGCAGCUAGAUGGAGACAGGCAUACCCCGCAAGUAGCAUGACUCCAUGGUCGACUAGUUGAAUCUGGGGCCAUGAAGAAACUGUAUUUAUUGCAACAUCCUGCUAACCACUGCAGACGUACUUGUGGGGGUAUCGACACCCGAGUCCAAGGUGACGGGAAUCUUAGCGAGGAGGAAAACAGAACCGAAGCUGGGGGUGGGGGUCGCGGUCGUCAGCUGGACUGGCGUUAAGCUAUCUCGAAAAUGGAAUAUCGGAUACAUGUUUGGUCGAAGGCUCGAGGAGAGGCCAUUCAUGACUACACUAGACAACAACAUGGCGACAAUCUCAAACGAUCAAGACAAGGCGUAUCUGGAUGACACCAUGCAGGUCCAGACGGUUCACCUCGAGGCCCUCAAUGCGGAUCCUGAAAAGACUCGGGAUUCCGAUGAAGCCUCACUCGCGGAAGAGGCAACGGGCGAGAACUUGCCGGAGGGCUACUACUACUCGGUUAACUUCAUUGGCACAUUCGUGGCCCUCUGCCUCUCGUCCUGCGCCCUGUACAUGUAUCUUCUAAUGCCUACGGCCGUUUUGUCCGUCAUCAACAACGAUCUAGGCCCGAGCCCAAUGAUCGCCUGGUGGGCCAUUGGGAGAACGGCAGCCCAGUCCAUCACCUUCACCCUGGUUGGCCGCCUGAGCGACAUCUUCGGCCGGCGUUGGUUCUUCAUCGGCGGGAACGUGGUGGCCCUGGUCGGGACCAUCAUCACCGCCACCAGCCACAGCAUUGCCCAACUCGCCAUCGGGUCCGCAAUCACGGGCAUCGGGGAAGCUGUGCAAAACUCGUACAUCAUCGCCCUGCCUGAAUUGGUCAAGAACAAGCAUAGGCCCAUUGUCGUAUCGCUGGUGUUUGCCUCGUCCGCACCGUUUGCCACUUUUGGUUCCAUCAUUGCCACGACAAUGAUCCAGCGGGGGAUUAGCUGGCGUUGGCUCUUCUAUCUCCCCAUGAUCUGCAUUGCCGUUGCAAUCGUCCUCCUGGUGCUGUGCUACCACCCGCCGUCGUACAAGCAGUUGCAUUCAUCCGGGAGGAGGACCAAAAUGCAGCAGCUCCGGCAGCUUGACUAUGUGGGGAUGCUUCUAUAUAUAAGCAGCGUCGUCCUGAUCCUCCUCCCGCUCAGCUGGGGGGGCACCAUGUUCCCCUGGAAGAGCGCCGCCACCAUUGCCACCCUGGUGGUGGGAGUCGCCCUUCUUGCCGCCACCGGACUUUGGGAGGCCUAUUCGAAGCAGCCGUGUCCCCUGAUUCCCAUGCAUUUCUUCAAGAAUCGGGGUUUCAUGUCUCUCGUCGUGUGCGCUAUGAUAGGCUCCUGCUGCUACUUCCCCUGCGUCUACCUCUGGCCGCAGCAGGUGGCUCGCAUCUACGGCAUCACGGGGAGCCACGCGGGCUGGCUCGCCUGCACUGUCGGAGGCUCGACGGCACUCGGGACGUCCAUGGGCGGCUUGUUCAUCCGAUGGUUUGGCAAUCCGCGAAUUAUCCUCCUGGUCGCCUCCGUCUGCACGGCCGCUUUCGUCGCCGGCCUUGCCGGCCUCACGCCCCAGAAUCUGAACCUGGGCAUUGCACUGACGAUCCUCGGUCCCUUCAUGGUUGGGGUAAUCGAGCUUUCGGCACUCAGUCUCGCGCCGCUUUUCUGCAAGCCCGAGGACCUUGGGUUGGCUUCAGGGCUGCUCGGAACCAUCCGGUCUGGUGGAGCUAGCAUUGCAGUCGCCAUCUUCUCCAGCAUUCUGUCCACUCGACUAGCAGUUACCGUUCCAGCCGCGAUCCUCCCCGCUGCCGAGCGAGCCGGAUUCAACUCCGACGGCGCUGCGGCUCUAGUUGCUGCCGCAUCAACCGGUGUUUUCGCCAAAGUCCCUGGAAUCACGCCAGAGGUAAUUCAAGCGGUUAGAGCCGCACUUCCGGGCGCUUAUGCAACUGCAUUCAAAACUGUCUACCUCUCCAGCCUUGCCUUUGGCGGCAUCGCCAUCACCGCCGCGCUGCUGACCAAGGACCCCUCACCUUAUUUGACAGAUGAAGUGGCAAGGAAGCUGCAAGGAAAAGGGGUUACUUCCACCAAGCAGGGUGCAGACGAAUAG